AUGGCGGACUCCAAGGUGAAGGACAUGGGCUUGGCCGAGUUCGGGCGCAAGGAGCUGACGCUUGCGGAGCACGAGAUGCCGGGCCUCAUGGCGGCCCGCAAGGAGUUCGGGCCCUCGCAGCCCUUCAAGGGCCUGAACAUCAACGGCUCCCUGCACAUGACCAUCCAGACGGGCGUCCUGAUUGAGACGCUGGCCGCUUUGGGCGCCAAGGUGCGUUGGUGCUCGUGCAACAUCUUCAGCACCCAGGACCACGCUGCCGCGGGCAUUGCCAAGGCAGGCACGGCCACGGUCUUCGCCUGGAAGGGAGAGACUCUUCCGGAGUACUGGUGGUGCACGGAGCAGAUGAUGACGGUGCCGGGGGCAGACGGCUGCGACCAGCUGGUGGACGAUGGCGGCGACGCCACUCUCUUGAUCCACAAGGGCAAGGAGUAUGAGGAGAAGUUCGCCAAGGAUGGCAGCCUGCCGGACCCAGCUAGCACCACCAACGCGGAGUUCAAGUGCAUCUUGCAGUUGCUGAAGGAUUCCAUCCAGGCAGACAAGACCAAGUACUCCCGCAUGGCCGCGAAGUGCAAGGGCGUCAGUGAGGAGACCACCACGGGUGUGCACCGCCUGCGCGAGAUGGCGGCCAAGGGCGAGCUCCUUUUCCCGGCCAUCAACGUCAACGACUGCGUGACCAAGUCCAAAUUCGACAACGUCUACGGCUGCCGCCACUCGCUGCCGGACAGCAUCAUGCGUGCCACGGACGUGAUGAUCGGUGGCAAGCGCGCCCUGGUGGCGGGCUACGGCGAUGUCGGAAAGGGCUGCGCCUUCGCCAUGCGCGGCGCCGGUGCCCGAGUGCUGAUCACGGAGAUCGACCCCAUUUGCGCGCUGCAGGCGUGCAUGGAGGGCUUCCAGGUGGUGACCCUCGAGGAGGUCGUGGGCGAGGUGGACAUCUUCACAUCCGCCACGGGCAACUUCAAGAUCAUCACCUUGGAGCACAUGAAGAAGAUGAAGAACAACGCCAUCGUGUGCAACAUCGGCCACUUCGACAACGAGAUCGCCAUGGAGGACCUCGAGAAGUCCCCGGGCAUCAAGGUUGAGAACAUCAAGCCGCAGGUCGACCGCUUCGUGUUCCCGGAUGGCCACGGCGUCAUCGUGCUGGCCUCCGGCCGCCUGGUGAACCUGGGCUGCGCCACAGGCCACCCCUCCUUCGUGAUGUCCUGCUCCUUCACCAACCAGGUCCUGGCACAGCUGGACAUCCUGGAGAACUGCACCAAGGCCAAGAAGUACAAGAACGACGUGUACCUGCUGCCCAAGAAGCUGGACGAGAAGGUGGCCGCCCUCCACCUCCCGGCCCUCGGCGCCAGCAUGACCAAGCUCAGCAAGGAGCAGGCCGACUACAUCGGCGUGCCGGUCGAGGGCCCCUUCAAGCCCGACACCUACCGUAGCAGUGGCAUCGAUAUCGAAUGA